GGAAAAAGCUGCAAAAAUGCUCCCAUUAGGAUUAGAAGCUCUACGUUUAACAAACAAGACAAGACAAGGAGGAAGAAAGAAGGAUUGUCAGAAGGUCCCUAUUAAAUCUAAUCAAAUACAACAUAAAAUAAGCAAAGAAAAUAAGCAUCAUAAAUCUACAGAAAUAUCAGCUGAUAGCCCAACGAGCAUUAAACAGAGGAGGAAAUGAACAAAACCAAAACAUAGAAGAUCAGACAUGGACCACUCAGCAACUUUCAGUAUUUCUAGCGAAGCCAUCAAAUAAAUUCAAGCCAAAGCAGCACAAAAGGAAAACCUCUAGUUUUGCUAUUGCCAAAGUAAACGUUCAUAAUUGCUCAGGGAAGAAAAAUAGGAACCCUCGAACAAAGCUGACAAAUAAGCGGGUUUACAUGAAUAAGUCAAUGGAUUUAAAUCAGACAGCUUUUAACAUAUUCAGCUCCUUCUUUAAUCAAUCCCAAAGUCCAAUAAAGAAGCCAAAAUUUAAAUCUCCAAGUGGGGAUAUGGUCUUCAAUAAAAUGAGCACGAUUUGUCCGGUAGCGCUGUUAAAUUCUUUUAAUGGAGUAAAUCAUCACACAAGGCCCAAUAAUUCGGUUUCCAAAGAUUCACAAGAGGACAAGAAUAGAGCAAUCAUCGAAGAUUUAAAAUAAAGAAAAUGAGAUAUUGAAAGGCAAAAUAGAAAUCCUUCAAUCAAAACUUGUUGAUACAGAUGUGAUCAAGUCUGAUCUCAUCACUCAGAAUCGAAAGAUUGAGCAAAAGCAGUCCAGAGUAGAAGAACUACAGGAUAGAUUAAGAGAGCUCAAAAAGAAGUAUAAUAUGAAACUUAAAAGAAAAGAGAGCCAUUUCAUCAGCCAGAUAAAUGAGUAUAAGACAAUGCAGCAGAUUUUGGUCCCAAAGUACAAGGAUCUCUGUAGCAAAUUAGAAAAGCUAUUUGAAUGGAAAAAGCGUCAGAGCUUUAAAUGGGGCAACCUUGAAAAAGAAUCUAUUGAAAACAAGUUACGAUGGGUGUUCAAUAAUGACCAAGAAGAAAUGGAUAAGUAUUUGAAAGAGUAUAGAAAUGUUCCUGUCGAGACUGAAAAUACAGCUACAAUACCUUCAGAUAAGAAGAUACAUGACGUUAGUAUGAACCUAGCUCAGAGACCAUUUGAGAUGAAUCAUUUCUAGAAUUUUAAUUUCAAUA